AUGGACGACGUUCCUUUUUUUGAAAGAGUUCGUGUUGCGGUACGGGAACGACCUAUUACUGAGGAUGACCUAAGUAAGGUACGACUUCAUGUCAAGGUGGAUGAGGAUAAACUUGUUGCCUUUGCACCAGGUGCUUCUGAAGGUCUUAUGUAUGAUUCAGACUACUACUUCCCUUGUAACACGACACAAAAUGAUAUUUAUCUUACUAUUGGAAAAGAAAUGGUUGAUCUCGCAAUAAAAGGUGUGAGUUGUAAUGUUGUUACUACUGGUUAUACAGAUACAGGUAAGACAUAUACUCUUUACGGUGAUGUCAGUAAUACUGGUCUUAUUCAAGAUACUGUAAAAGAUUUAUAUCAAAGACUUGAAGCUCAGUCAGACGAAUAUGAUACGGAUAUUUUAUUACGUUACUGGGAGAUGAGUCGUGAUGCAGUAGAGGAUAACUUGCGCGGGGAUAAUGAGGAAACCAAAGAAUCUCAAUACAUGGUUUCUCGCGAUAAUUUAGACCGACUUACAAUACCUAAUUUAACAACAGUAGAGGUACAAACUUUUGAUGAAUUUAUGGCGCAACUGAAUCGAGGCAACGUUCAGCGUAUUCAACGUUCCUAUAAUAGAAUGUCAAGGUGGCAUGGGUUUGUACAACUUAUUAUUACCACUACGGAUAAGGCAGAGAGAUCAAGGAAUUUAAUUCGUACCAUGACAUUUGUACACAUGAAAGGUACUGAUCGGGUAGGUGCCAAGGGUAUGCGAGGUGAACUCCUUAAAGAAGGUAGUUGUAUAAAUGUAAGUGUUACACUUUUGUGUGCAGCCAUUAUUCAUUCACUUGAAUAUAGGGAAAAACGUAAGUUAUGGGUUACCACACCAGAGAAACAUCGUGAUCUUAUUCGUCGUAGUCAGUCUUUUUUUAUGGAAUGUAAGUUUUCUAGACUUAUGUCGCAGUUAAUUUGUGGUUUUGAAGCUUCAUUUAUUAUUGGAUGUAUAAGCCCUCUUAACUAUAAUGAAUCUAUUGAAACAUUAGAAAGUUUACAACUUUUUCGACGUCUGAAAUGUGAAAUAAAACCCAUGGUUUUAAUCUCAGAUAGGGGAGUACUAUUGCAAAAAUUGCGCCAACAUGAAACUGUUCUUGGUGAAGAUAAUGUAGAAGAGCUUUAUAAUUCUGAUAUUGCUGGAAAACCUCUUACUGAAGCUGAAGAAAAACUUCUUAUUCUUUACGGAAAACUUUAUGGUGCUGACCCACGAAAAGGUGCUGACAAAGUUUUUACUACACCUGACGAUUCAACUAUUAUAGAACGUUCCAAAUCACGUGCAAGACGAGAAAGUGGAAAAGUAGAAACUCAUGGACUACGGAAACGUAUAUUCCUUAAUUCCAGCAAAACUGCGACAUAUGAAGGACAAUGGGAAGAUGGACGUUUUGGAGGUUUUGGGGAAUUAAUUCAAAAGCGUCUUAAAUAUCGUGGUGAAUUUCGGAAUGGACUACGUGAAGGAGAGGGGACUUUAUGGGUUAGAACAGAUGAGAAAUCUCCUUGGGUACGUGUUUAUCGAGGUGAAUGGCUUGCUGGAAAGCGUGAUGGUUUUGGUACCUCAUGGGAGGAAAAUGGUGAGAUUUACGAAGGUGAAUGGCGUGAAGAUAAACGAAACGGCUUUGGAAGACUUUUUCUUGUUAAUGGAGAUGUUAUUAAAGGAGAAUUUCGUGAUGGCCACUGUGAUGGAAGGGCCUUGUUACUUCAAGCCAAUGGUGAUUGGUAUGAUGGGUACUGGGCAAUGGGACUACGAGAGGGACCAGGUAUGUUUUGUUUUGUACAACGGCAGCAGUAUCUUUUGGGAGAAUGGUCAAAAAAUUUUUGUAAGUGUGGUACGAUGUAUGAUAUGCCCAACAAAACUACCAACGAACACAGUAGCUUUAUCCCACGACUUGGUCUUUUGCGUGAUGACGAAAUAUUGGAACUGGAACGAAGAAAAAUUUAUGAUUCUCGUAUACAGGAGUUUGCUGCACUACAACGUGGAUGGGUAAAUCCUGAUAUUAUGCCACCUCUUGGCGCUUGUAUGACAGCUUCUGGUGAAGAAGAAAAGUGUGCUUACUUGGAUGUUGACGAAGCCUCAGAUACUACUGGAGAUCAAGUAGGAGAGCCAUUAGGUCUGGAUGUAGAAUAG